CUGUUCUGUCGUUCUGUGAUAAGACUGCAAUGAAUUGAUGGGAAAUAUUAUUGAGACAAAGAAAAACAAAAAAACAAAAUUGGUUUUAGUAAUAACAAUUAACAAACAUCAAUGAUUAUUCCUUGUCGUCGCACACCGUAUUAUAACACAGGAUAGAUUGCUAGUUUAGACAAUUGUUACUUGUUUCUGAACGAUUAAUGAAGCCACGAAGUACAUCUUAACUCAUCAAUACUUGAAAAUAAAUAGUGCUCAUUCAACUAUUCAAGUACGAGAUCAUUUAAAGUUCAACAUUUCAUCGGGACGAGCGCAUGGGCGUGAUAAAUUUGUUUGUUAUGCAAUGUCUGUGUCUCUUUGUGUGCUGAGAUUCGAACUGACUGAAAACGAUACUCGACCAGCCGAAGCGCAGCAGCAAACAUUUACCAAUUGGGAUAAACGAAAAAUCAUGUCUUGCCGAGGACAACGUAAAUCCAGAGAACUAACAGUAGAGACAUAUGGUCGUGUUGACGGUACAGCACCCGUUGAACCAUUAAUUGAAGAAAACCCCAAAAAAUUAGAAUUUCUUAAAAAGCCAAAUGUCAAAGUAUUAAAUUCUAAAGGAUCAAAAAAAAGAAAUAAAAAUAAACGAAAUCAUGGUGAAAACAUGUCAAAUGCUGCAGAACAGAUCAAUUUUAUUUCAGGAAAUCCAUUUGUUGAAGUUACCAAAGGUGUCCUACAUGUUUAUAAAGAAAACAAAUUAACACCAGUUGACAAUGCAAGUAAUCGUAGUCAAAUGAUAUGUAUUUUGUCUGUUCCUUCAAAUAUGAACUGCCAUGACUUACUUACUUUCAUAGCUGCCUGCCAAGAGAACAUUCAUCACAUACGGAUAAUUCGGGAUGCUGCGUCUCUUAAUCAAUAUAUGACCCUUAUUUCAUUCAGAACCCAAGAAGCAACAAUGGAUUUCUUUCAUUCGUUCAAUGGUAUGCCUUUCAAUUCGUUGGAACCAGAUUGCUGUUGUAAUUUGGUUUUUGUAUCCAAAAUUGAAGUGAUAAAAGAAGAUGCACCGGGAUCUAGUGCUCCUCCAUCUCAACAUACUGAACUUCCUGUGUGUGCUGUUUGUUUAGAGCGUAUGGAUGAAUCUGUGGAUGGUAUUUUAACUAUACUCUGUAAUCAUUCUUUUCAUGGAAAUUGUUUGACCAAAUGGGGCGACACCAGUUGUCCAGUAUGUCGAUAUGUUCAAACGCCCGAAACAAUUCCGGACAACCAAUGUCAGGAAUGUCACUCUUCUGAGUCAUUGUGGAUAUGUUUGAUUUGUGGUUAUGUUGGAUGUGGGCGUUAUGUACAAGGCCACGCUUAUAAUCAUUAUUUAGAAACAUCACACUGUUAUUCUAUGAACUUGGGAAAUAAUCGUGUAUGGGAUUAUGUUGGUGAUAAUUUUGUUCAUCGUUUGGUCCAAAACAAAGGAGAUGGGAAAUUAGUAGAAGGAAGAUCACCUGGAAAACUCGAUGAUACAGAUCAAAAAAUUGAAUCCGUACAACUUGAAUUUACCUACCUGUUGACCACUCAAUUAGAAUCGCAAAGGAAAUAUUUUGAAAGUCAAAUGAAACUAUUUGAAGAAAAUACACUUAUUGAAAUAAACAAUGUAAAAGCUGAGGCUAAAGCUGCACUUGAAGAUAAUGACAAAUUACAGAAAAUAGUCAGUAGUUCUUCUAAGGACAGUAACAUACUAGAACGAAAAAUUGAAGAAAACAAAAAGCUCUUAGAACGUGUUAACACAAUCACAAAAGAAAAAAAUCUUUUGGAAAAAAAAGUUCAUAAUUUAUCAAUCAAACUAGACCAAACAAAAACCAAGUUGGACGAAGAAUGUCAAAUUAACUCAGCAUUACAGACAAAUCAAAAUGAAUGGCAUAUCAAAUUUUCAAACUUGGAAAAAGAUUUUAGCGAUUACAAAACUACUAAAGAUCAAGAAAUUGGUGAAUUGAAAGAGCAAGUUCGUGAUCUCAUGUUUUUCUUAGAAGCUCAAAAUACAAUUGACAAAAGUGUAGACCGGGAAGACAUUGUAAAUGGUUCUGUGAUAGUGGAGCAACAAAGUUCAUCGGGUCAAAACAAGACUCCAAAAAACAAAAAACACAGAUAAAAAAAUAAUCAUAAUUUUAUAUUGAAUUUAUAUUAUUAUAUAAAAUUAUAUCAGUGUAAUAAUUUGGUUUCAUUGUUUGAGGGAAAUACUUGUUAUUCAAAUAGAAUAAUAGACGACUGUUGUAAAUUGUAAUUGACAAUAUUCAUAUCUUCUAAAUGUGGUGUUGGUAUUGUUUAAUAUGUAAUUUGUACAGAUAAAAUAUUAUCAUGUUCUUUGUUUUUAUUUUUUAAUACAGCAGCUAAAAUAAUACAGCAUAACAAGAUCAUGUGCAUGUUGUGUGUUGCAAUAUAGAACUAAACAGAUAACCUCUAUAAAAUGUAUAAUUUAAUGCAUUAUACUCAAGUAGGCAUAUUCAAGUGCAUCUAUUUUAUAUGUAUUAUAAUUUGUAAUAUUAUUUUCCAUUGCACUAGUAGUGUAAGUGCCACUGCACAUGCAUAAUAUUAUAUCUUUCGGAUUACAUAUGACUGUAUUAAAGCAAUUUCCUUGCAAUUUAAACUUAAAAAUUACUCUUUA